AUGGGGCGAAUUAAGAAGGAAGCGGGCCCAAAGCAUGACGAGACUCUGCCUCCCGCCAUAGCGGAGUUCGUGAGUACAGCAAGUAUCCUCCCGAUAUCCCAGCUGCCACGACACUUCAGAAGCUUUCCUAUUCGAUGGGCAUUCCCAAAAGGAGAUGUUUACCACUGGAUUCCUCUCUUCAAUCGAUUCGACAAUAUACUUGAACAGUUCGUUCGGGAGUAUGGCCUCAAUGUCGGACCUCAGGUACGGCCUUUUGGAUGCGUCUUAUUGCUUCAAGGCGUUGCCGAAGAAAACGAAGCUGCAAAAGGUACACCAACCAACGACGCAGAGCUGAAAAAAUUGGGCUUCGGACCAGAUGGAGAUCGACAACUUGUGGAGGACAUGUUGAACUUCUCACGCAAAUUGCUGGAAAAUUGUGGCAAUCGAAGUUUGUAUGCCAGUAGCGAACGCCUGGGAGACCUCCUCAACACAACCAGUUUAUCUUUGCUUUCCGCCACUCUCCAACUUGCAGCUCGUCUUGCCCAUCGCUAUUACGCUUCUCGUCAAAAAGGAGCCCAGACUAGCCAACACCUGAAUAACAGCUUGCUACAAUUACAUUACAACAUCGAUCUUGAAAAGAUGCAAAAGCUUGCAAAUCCUUUUACGAAGUCAUCGUCGUCGGCCUCUGCGUCUGCUAAUUCAGCUACGCCUAUAGUGAAAGGUAAAGAAAAGGGACAUGCUUCGAAGGCAACAUCUUCAGUUUCCGUCAACGCCAAUGACUUGUCGACUUUGACUCAAGACGUGAAGACUUCGGUGAACGGGUCAGCGAAGUACGCUCCCACUGCAGAGAAAAUAGCACACCACUCAUCGAGCUGGGAAGACUGGGGCUCAGUCCUCUUGACCUACUAUCAGUCAGCUACAGUACCGAAUGAUGAUCAGAAGCCGCCUCCGACCCCUACCCCUACAAGACGACCAUCAGGCUUGUCUCGGCCUAGCCGAUUGUCAAGCUCUGAUGAGUCUCCUGAAGCAUCUACAGCUCUAUCCAAUGCAAAGUCCGAAGAGCCGACCGUUGGAGGGAUGAGACAAGUCGAGAUUCCUUACUCCCAGAUAGCAUCUUCGCAGGUGGAGGAUGUCUUGAAGGAUGGGCUGCAGAACCUCCCUAAGGACUCGCACUACGAGCUGUUGACUCGGAUCAGGAAUGCCAAGGCCAUCGCCACCUCCGUUUCCAUGCGGCAGGAACUCGUGAAGAUACGCUUGCUGGCAAUCACCAAUCUAGCCUACAUAUAUCCAGAUGUGAUGUUUCAACAGAAGAUACUGCAGCAAGACUCUGAUCAACCACGGAGAUUCCAAAUUGCGUAUCAACUUGCGGACUUGGUGCAUCCGCCGGGCAAUGGAACAUCGGGUAUUCCGCUCAAACUGCAGACGGUGGCACUUGGAACACUGGAGGCGCUCGCCAAGCAGAAGACAAAAGCACCUGACGUGUGUGCCGCUUUGAAUGUCAACGUCAACCAUGGCGUGCUAUUCUACCUUCUUCGCAAAGCUGUGGCCGAGAUGGCGAGCGAAGAACCUGAGUCUGACGAGAGCGAGGAACGACGUGAAGCUGUCUUCUCAUUACUCGAAUGCUUGCCACCAUCUGCACCUAGGACCGGAGAAAAUCUCAUCGCUGCGGGCCUCCUUGACAUACUCAUAGAGAUCCUCGGUCUUCGGACUAACAAAGCAGAGCGUAGCCAACCCAAAAUCCUGAGCUUUCUCAAUGCAAUCGUAUAUACGGUGCGAGACGCUCUGCAGUCGAUUGCCAACUCAAAAGGUCUGGAUACAAUUUCCGAUCUGAUUGCCUACGAGGUCCGUUCGUCCUUGGAACGUGCGAAGAAUGGGGAAGGUCUGAAUCCAGGAUAUCGCAGCCAUGUGGUUGAUUAUCAGACUCCUUUCUUCCAGCAACAGACAUUGCGGAUGUUGUUCAAGCUCAUCAACCACUUGAUGGCAAAUAGCCCAGCGAACUUUGACAGACUGCUCAGAAACCUUAUAGACUCUCCCCAGCUCCUAGCUGGUCUUAAAAUCGUCAUCACCAACCCCAAAGUCUUCGGCUCGAGCAUCUGGAGCGGAGCUAUCAACAUCAUGAGCAGCUUCAUACAUAAUGAGCCUACGAGCUAUGCUGUCAUCUCCGAGGCAGGACUCAGCAGCGGGCUGCUUGACGCCAUCACUCUGAAUUCAAAACCUCAAAGUCCCAUGACCAUUUAUGAGCUCUACAUUAGCAAAGACGAAGUCAUUAGGCAAGGAGUCGCGCAUGCAAACGCUGGUGGCAUUGCGAAAUUCAUGAAAGAUGAUCAUUGCAAGGAAUUGCGGCAGGCUGUCUAUCCCUCGACUCAUGAUAUCCUUCCAGCCUCCGACUCGAUCACGGCUGUACCUCAGGCUUUUGGUGCCAUUUGUCUUCAUAACACUGGUUUGGAAUUGUUUCAAAAGUCCGGAGCUAUCGAUAGCUUCUUCAGGAUUUUUGAAAGCGAUGAGCACAUCAAAGUAAUGUUAUCUCCCACAGAAUCAGAGCUGCUAAGAAUGCUAGGUAACUCUUUCGAUGAACUGGUGCGACAUCAUCCCACUCUGAAGAUGGCCGUCGUCAUCAACAUCAUGACUAUGAUCGAGCGUGUUGGAGAGAUGUGCAAGUCACGAGCGAAGACCAAGGGCUGCGGAGCUAAGCUUUGGCUUCAAGCCGGAAAUGGAAAACUUGUGCCAGCGGGGGAGCACCAAAGCACCAAACAAAGCACUACCGUGGAGCCAAAGGUGGAAAAUGAUGAUGAUGUGGUGAUGGGUGAAGCAUCUCCCAUUCGUGAAGAAUAUCCUGUUACAGCAGUCCUUGACCCUGAAGCAAUGGACGAGAUGGACGAGAAGAACGGGCCCAGCACUGCUCAACGCAUCGAGGUAGUUAUGCGGUUCCUCGAAGGCUUCUUCGAGAACUCUUCGCUUUGCUCCUUUUUCGUCGAAGCAAAUGGCGCAAACCUCAUUCUCGACCUCGCGACAUUGCCAAGUCUUCCCUUUGACUUCAACAUGCAAAAAGGUGGCGAAGAGGUCAGCAAAGUUGUCCACAUCAUGGUCGAGCAGAAGCCUCAUCUCGUUCUCCCCACUCUGCUCCAACGCGCACAGAAGACUUUGGAUGAUCUGCAACCUCUAUACAACUACACUGGGAAAUAUGCAUUUUUCUCGGAGUUCACAUCAGUGGCAGAGGGUCCCACCAAUGAUCAAAAUGAAGGCCCUUAUGCUCCAAUUGGGACCACGGUUCUCAAGUCUCUUGUGAAUGUUCACACUCUGACUUGCAUUCUCUCCGAAGUGUUUUCAGCGCCCAUCUUCGGUUCGCGAUCGAGCCAGACACCUUUCAGUCAGGUCAAUCUCGCGGACAAGUAUCGAAAUGUUGUCACGAGCCUUGGUUUACUGCACCGAGUCUGCGUAUGGGAAGAAAUCUUACUACUCAAGAGACUUCCCGACGCAUGGAAGAUGGGUACAAGUUUCAAAGGUUUCGGCAUGGGUAGUGAAGAAGCAGAUGCGGUCUUUGGUUUUCUCAACAAUGGGAAUGAGAUCCCUGGGGAUGUCGAAACGACCUCAGCUCCCUCGCGUGCCACAGCACCAGGCUUACCGAGCAGCAAUGCCCGCUCUUCUGACUCAAAGAAGCCAAAGUCACCUUCCAUGGAAAAAGACGAGAAGACCGCUCAUUUCAAGAACGUGAGAAGCUUGCGCUAUGUGUUAAGUCAAAUACCAUCUGCGGUUGUCCUUUUCUUCCAGAACCUGGGCAAGUCUUUGGUAGCUAAGAGGCGACCGGAGGCUUACGCUCGACAAAACGCCUACUUGGUUGCCGAAGCAAUGUCGAACGCCAGCCUCGAGCAGUUACGCUACGAGCCAGCAAAGAAGUCUGCAUGUGCUGAGGACCGUUACGCCUACUGGGUUGUCGUCCUGACUUCUGUUUCAACGUUGAUCAUUGAAGGUUCUUCCACUGAUCGUCCGUCGGCCCAAGUCCUGACCCUUCUACUUCAAGCUUUCACAAAUGAUGGAGGUCUGAAAGCUUUUAAGGAGGUGCUCGAGACAUUUUUUGAGGCAGCGAAGACCUUGAUCAAGAGUACAGAUGAAACCGAUCGCAAAGCUAGAAUAAUACCGAUUGCAGGUGGGAUCAGGAUCAUACUAAGCUUCUUCGCCCAAAUCACCAUGUCCAAGUCAAUCACGGAGUCUAAUCAGACGCACGCGAUCACUUCACAUGAGCGUGAUCGAGGACAGUUGACUUACUUCCUACCUUCGCAGUUUCUUGUGGAACUACGUAUGACUAUCCUCCCUGUUGUCAAGAGAAUGUGGGAUUCCGACUUCGUGGACAAAGCGGAUGUCUCGAUCAUCAAAUGCCUGAUCGAAAUCCUUCGAACCGUCCUUGAAGGCAGUGAUGAGCAGGGAGCAUUCAAGCGUGGGGACCAACAACCCGCUCCACGAAAAGCUCCUAUCAAAGUUUACAGCAUUCACAGCGACAAAGUACGGUCUCUGACGGAUCUCGGUUAUGAUCCUGAGAUAGUUCAAGAGGCCUUGUACCGAUGUCAAAAUACACAGAUACUCGCUAUCGAGUAUUGCCAGGCUUUAAAGCACUUUCCAGGGGCAGCGAGAAACCCUAUCCCAGAAUAUGACCAAGAAAAGGCGCGCCGACCAGUAACUGCAACUCCUCAACGUUCAGAGUCCGGGGCCACUCUACCUGAACCAGAUCCAGCUGCCCCAUCCGAGGCAACUGUCGCUACAGAUCGGCGCUUUGCAGGAUUUGAGAUGGACCCUGAGACCAUGAACGAAAUCCUUGCUCAAGCGGGCAACGGGACGCUAUCGCAAGAGCAGCCUCAGGCGCCAAUGCCCGCAGCUCCCGCGGCUGAUACUCGUACUGGAGAUUACACAGCAGCCCAAGGUGACACACAUGUCGAAGUCGAAGAAGCAGACGGAGAAGAUUCAGCUUCUAGCUUGAGAGCCCCACCGCCUCCAGCACCAGGCGUCCCACCUGAGACUGACAGCAACUCGAACGACAACAUGGCGAUGAGCAAUGACAGUUUGCGGAGUAUCCUUUCGGAGAUACCUGGCAGGCCUACUCCACUUGAAAUGCCCGAGCGUGGGGGAACGAUGACAGGUACUCAGAGGCCUGACGAGCAACCUCAGUCAAGACCAGUUCCGACGGCGCCGGAGUCACCCAAAGCACCAGAUCCCGUGACGGUCAACGAUCUUGACGAUGGACGCGCUACGGUUCGAGAGAAUCUCAUAGAUAGAGCCCUCGAUGUGCUUAACGUUCAUGACGACGUUACUUUCGAGCUUGCCGACUUGAUCCAAGCCGCUGCACUAAAGUCAUUGGAUGCGAAGCAGUUGCGCAGCGAAAUUGGCGAGACUUUAGUACAGUCUUUGAUAUCACUUCAGAUGGAGGAAGACUUCCGGCCUGCCGGCAAAAGAAUCGCGUCAUACGCCAAUCUAUUGGCUUUAGUCCUCCAAGAGAAGAGUUUCUUUGAAGCGACGACAGAAUUUCUCAUCGAGAACCUGGAGCAGCUUAUGGGUUUCAUCAAGAUUUACUCUGACCCACCUGAGCAAGCGUCUCCUUGGAUUGGCCAAAUCCUACUAGUCAUCGAGAAGGUACUGGCAGAAGAUGUACAGCCAUCGAAGAUCGAAUGGUCAAUUCCACCUAGUGGAGAGAUUCCCAAAGGCGCCAUAAUUGACAUGCCGCCACCACUUGUCUCCCUGGAUGCGAAGCUUCAGUUGUUUGAAGCCAUAGAUGGUAUCCUGCUUGGAAUUGGGAGAGAUGAAUCGCUCGCCCUUUCCGUGGUCCGCGUCCUGGUUAUCUUGACUCGUAAUCGGGAGAUUGCUUCUAAGCUCGGCGAAAAGCGAAAAAUAGAUCGCCUUUUUAUAAUGAUCAAGCUAUUGACUGGUAUGACCAUCGACCGACUCCCAAGCACGUUCAUGCUGCUACUUCGCCAUAUCGUCGAGGACGAAGCUACCAUUAGACAGAUCAUGCGCAGCGAAAUCAUGUUCAGAUUCGAGACCAGAACCGGCCGUGCCACCGACACUCAAAGCUACGUGAAACAAAUGUACGACCUCAUCCUCAGAUCUCCGGAAAUCUUCGUUGAGGUCACAAAUGAGAAGCUUGAGAUUCCCAGAUAUGAUUCAUCUCAGCAACCACAAAUUCUGGGCCUCAAACCAGAACUCAAGGAACCAGAAGAAAAGGAGACCCAGUCUACCCGAGAUCUGACUGCUGCCAAGCCUAGUGAAGACGUAGUUGGAGAAGUAGAGGGUCAGAAAGAAGAAAGCAAGCCAUUGAAUGGUGAGGAUGAGCAAAACCAGGCACAGAAGCCCAGGGCAACCGAAACCAAGGCUCCUAUCGUCGAGCAUCCUAGUGGCGUCAUCCAUUAUCUCCUCUCCCAGUUAUUGGCCUACAGAGAAGUCCCAGAUCCCCCAGACCCUCAGCUGGCUAAACCACAGGAGCCCUUGACCGAGGCUUCUUCAGAGACUUUGGAUAUUGCAGACUCAGCAAUCACAUCUCCAGCAUCAGGUCCUAGCGCCUCGAGCCCAGCAUCAACGGCGAACGCCAACUCUAACGACACCAAGAAGGCCGAGAAGCCUGAAUUUAAGCCUGAGCAGCAUCCCAUUUAUGUCUAUCGCUGUUUCCUCCUUCAGUGCCUGGCCGAACUCUUACAUUGUUACAACCGUACAAAGAUCGAAUUCAUCAACUUCUCGCGCAAAGCUGAUCCCAAAGCAAUGACUCCCUCAAAGCCUCGAUCUGCGAUUCUCAAUUAUCUCUUGAACGAUGUAAUCCCUGUGGGCACUCUGAGCCACGAGGACACCAUCGAAUACCGCAAAAAGAAUCUUACGUCCAACUGGGCCAUGUCAGCUAUUGUCUCUCUGUGCCUCAGGACCAAUGAAAACGGGUAUCCCAACAAGCGUGAUGCAGUAGACGAGGACGACGAACCCGAUUUACUCUUUGUGCGCAAGUUUGUUCUAGAGCACGCCCUCAAGGCUUACAGAGAUGCCAACGCGUCAGAAGAGCAUCCUGACGUCAAGUAUGCUCGCUUGCUCGAUUUAGCAGAUCUUUUUAACCGCUUGUUGAUGGGAAGACUCGUCCCUGCUAGUGGCACGCCUUCUCCCGGUGUGGAAGGAGGGUUUCAGAAAUCCAUAGCCAAGAUCAUGUUCGAAAAGAACUUCAUCGCAGCUCUUACAGGCUCCAUUGCAGAUAUCGAUCUCAAUUUCCCACCUGCCAAGCGCGCUAUCAAAUACAUCCUCCGACCACUCAAGCAACUCACAGCCACAGCUAUCGUGCUGAGCGAGAGCUCAAGCAUCUCUAGCAUUCCAGGUACGACAGAUGAAGAUGAAAUAUCUUCUGCCACCUCAGUUUCCGACAUGGAUGACGACCGAGAAGAGACUCCAGAUCUGUUCAGACAUUCCACCCUCGGUAUGUUUGAGCCAGGUAGAGACCAAGAAUCAAGCUCGGAGUCCUCGGAAGGUGACGAAGAGAUGUACGACGAUGAGUACGAGGAAGGCUUGGAGUACGAGGAGGGCAUGGAACGUGACGAUGAAGUCAUUAGCGAUGAGGAUGAAGAUCUUGGAGAAGCGGGCCCUAUUGAAGGCCUUCACGGAGACCCUGGGAUGGACGUCGAGGUGGUCAUCGAUGCGGAAGACGAUGAGCCAAGUGACGACGAUGAAGACCAGGACGAUUCCGAAGAUAUGGACGAAGACAAUGAAAUGGAAGUCAUCGAUGAAAUCACUGGCGAUAGCGAGAAUGCUAGCCUAGCCGAAGGUGAAGACGAAGACUGGCAAGACGAGGAUGGAGAAGACAUCGCACGCUACAAUGAGGAAAACGACCUUGACCGGGGCUUCAGUCAAGACACCCAGGAUGCCGAGAGUGCUGUGAGAGAUAUCGUUCGAGAGUUUGGAGGCCCAGAAGCUGCUCUUCAGCGUCUCGAAGGACUUGAAGAUGGCCCCGGGGGUCUCGCCAUGGACCUCGAAGAAGGUAUUGGAGGUAGAUAUAUGGACGAUGUCGUCGGACACGAGCAUGAUGAGGAAGAUGAAGACGACGAAGGCGAGAAUGACGAUGAAGUCGACGAUGAAGAUGUCAUGUUCCAGCCCGAAUAUGAUGACGAGGAGCCUGGGAUGCCUGAGCCUCCUUUUGGUUGGGAUCCUGAUGAUGAUCCAGGCUUGCCAUUGCCAAGAGGGCAUCACCACCAUCAUCACCAUCCUCGUCGCAUGCCUGAUCUUUGGUCUUCUUUCCCUGGCUCAUUGAACGACCCUCGCACACACCUUACACACCUGUCAUCUUACCGUUCUCACCGGCCUGCGGGCGUACCCCGCUCAAAUGACGACAAUAGCAAUCCACUAUUGCAACGCAGUGUGGUGCCAGAGCCCUCGCGCGGAACACGAGGUCAACGCUCAGCCGACUUGUCAGACGCUGCCGCGAAUUUUGAUGACUACUGGGUUCACGGAAUGGAGCCUGGUCGACGACCCCGUGGUAUGAUAUCUGCUGACAGUCCUGUCUCGUUUCUCAAUAGCCUCAUUGCAUCCGUGGGUCGAAGAGGUGAUAUUGGCGGAAUGGGCUUUAGUGCUGUUGGUGGCCCGGGUGGGGCUGUGCAAAUAUCUAUCGGCGGAGGCGCCGUUGGAAGCGCACUCACAUUGCCACGUGAUAUUGAGAACCUCCUCGGUGGUGUUCGGGGACACGCACACCACGAGGCCUCUCGGGUUAACCGAGAAGGGAACCCUCAACAGGCAAUGGUCUCACCGGCGGUCACCUAUCAACGAUGGCAAGAAGAAUCUCGACUUCUCUUCGGCAACACUCAUAUCGAAAAGGCUAUGCGCAUAACGGAACACCUACUUCGCAUCCUAGUACCUCCGGCAGUUGAGAAGAAAAAGCGGGAAGACGAGGAGAGCAAGCGUCGAGCGGAGGAGGAGAGGCAAGACCGAGAGAAGUUGAGGGAAGAGAGAUUAGCGCUGGAGAAGGCUGAACGAGAGAUGAAAGAGCAGCAGGAAAACGCAGAACGCGAAGCUCGGGAAGCAGCUGCCGCCCAAGCAGCCUCAGGGGCUGAAGUAGCGCCUCCUGAGGGCCAAGAAUCAGGACUUACCGAAGACGAAGGGGCCAUGGAAGGCGUGGAGAACGCACAAGUAGAAGAGCCUGCGGAAAUUGCGGAGAAUGCAGAAGGCCCAACGUCAGUGGAGGAACCUGCAGCAGCAGGCCCAUCCGAACCAACAGAGCGAGUGCGGACGACCAUUCGGGGGCGCGAGCUUGACAUCACCGGUCUGGGUAUCGACAUGGCUUACCUUGAUGCAUUACCUGAAGAGAUCCGCGAAGAGGUUCUUAUGUCCCAGCUUGCGAUUCAGCGAUCUGAGGCCGCUGCUGCCGGCGAAGAGCCCACUGACAUCAGCCGCGAAUUUCUUGAAGCCCUUCCUCCUGAGAUUCGAGAAGAAUUACUCCAGCAAGAAGCACAAGAUCGGCGACGACGUGAACGAGAAGAAGCCCGUAGAAGACAACAGGCUGCUAGCGGUGGUGGGUCUGCUCGUGCGGAAGAAAUGGACCCUGCGAGCUUCUUCGCUUCCCUUGACCCAGCACUUCGACAGAACGUUCUAAUGGAGCAAGACGAGGAGAUUCUCGCUCAGCUCCCCGAAGAGAUUGCAGCAGAAGCUCGAGCUCUAGGUGGGAAUCGGCCUAUGCAUCGUUUUGCAGGAAUUGCUGGUCGUGGUGGUCGAGCCAAUGGUCUGGUACGCCAGAUACUCGACGGACGACCUCCGCAGCCCGCUGCAAAGAAGCCUCCGCGAAAGCAAAUUGUGCAAAUGCUCGACAAAGCCGGCGUUGCAACCUUGCUCCGCCUGAUGUUCGUACCUCAACAAGGAAGCUCCCGUCAAUCCCUUAAUGGUAUUCUCCAUGACGUGUCUAGGAAUCGCCAGAAUCGUGCAGAGGUCAUAAGCCUUUUACUUUCAAUUCUCCAAGACGGCAGCACCGAUGUCAAUGCUAUAGAGCGAAGUUUUACCCACCUUUCGCUUCGAGCCAAACAGCCAAUUACCCCGAAGACGCCUCAGCCACUAAAGCGGACCCUUACUGGACCAAUGGCAGCCGUUGCCAGCAACAUGGAGGCAACCCCUCUGAUGGUCAUCCAACAGUGCUUGAGCGCACUUGUUUCGUUGACGCAAUACAACCCUCAUAUUCCAGCGUUCUUCCUCGAGGAGCACGAAGUCACAUCAGGCAUGAAAACGAAAGCCAAUCGAAAAGGCAAAGCCAAAGAAAAUAAGGCGUCCAAGUUCGCACUGAACGCCUUGCUUAGUCUGUUGGAUCGUAAGCUCAUCAUGGAGAGCUCUGGCUGCAUGGAGCAACUCUCUAGCCUACUGCAGAGCGUUACUAAUCCGUUGACAAUGCUGCUCCGGAAAGACAAGGAUAAGCCAGAAGAGCCGAAAGCUGUGGGAGCUCCGCGAGAGCCCACCAACGGCUCCGAGGGAGUGAUAGCCGAUCACGCCGUGCAAGACCUCGCCCAGACAGCCGAGCCUUCAAUAGAGGAGAGCACGUCCCCUAUGAUGGAUGUUCAAGCAGACGGUGAGACACGCCAGGAAACCAGCGCAGGGCCAACGGCGGGUCAAGCCAAAGAGAAGGAAAUGAAAAAGCCAGCGGACGAAAUGACAAAGAAGGCUCGAGAUCUGACACCGCCUAUUGUGCCUGAGGAGAAUCUUCGACUCGUGGUCAACAUCCUUGCAGCUCGUGAAUGCAGCGCAAAGACAUUCCGAGACACGCUAUCGACCAUCAACAAUCUUUCGGGCAUUCCAGGGGCGAAGGAAGUCUUCGGCAAAGGAUUGAUCGAACAAGCUCAAGAUCUGGGCCACUCUAUUUUGCAGGAUCUCGACGAGCUGGUACCACAAAUCAAACAAGCCACCUCCGGUACUGACAUCCAAGGCAUGGCUCUUACCAAAUUCUCUCCUGCAUCGUCAGAUCAAGCCAAGCUCCUUCGUGUACUCACUGCUUUGGACUACUUGUUUGACCAUAAGCACAUCGGUGGCAAGACAACGUCUGCUGUAGAUAGCGAAGGGGAAUCGGCCGAGAGCUCCACUCCGAAAGAGGAUCUACUUACGAUGUUGUACGAGAACCCGACUUUCGGCUCGCUCUGGAACAAGCUCAGCGAGUGCCUGAACAGCAUUCGUCAAGGCGACGGUUCGCUUAAUGUUGCCACCAUACUCUUACCACUGAUUGAGGCACUCAUGGUCGUCUGCAAGAACACGACACUAAAGGACAUCCCAGUGAUUAAAGCCGCCAAAGAGUUCGCCAUCACAAGCCCUCCGCCAGAAUCCUUCAUGGAGAGCCUCUUUUUCAAAUUCACUGAAGACCACCGUAAGAUCCUCAAUGACCUUGUCAGACACAACCCCAAGCUCAUGAGUGGCACGUUCUCACUGCUGGUUAAAAACCCCAAAGUCUUGGAGUUUGACAAUAAGCGCAACUACUUCACUCGACGCUUACACUCUCGCGGCACAGAAGCGAGGCAUCCUCAGCCCCCCUUACAGCUAUCUGUCCGUCGUGAUCAGGUCUUCCUUGACUCGUUCAAAAACCUAUCCUACAAAACUGGUGACGAAAUCAAGUACGGCAAGCUCAGCAUUCGCUUCCAUGGUGAAGAGGGAGUUGACGCUGGUGGAGUGACUCGAGAAUGGUUCCAAGUCCUUUCGCGACAGAUGUUCAACCCAGACUAUGCUCUGUUCAUUCCAGUCGCCUCCGAUCGUACCACGUUCCACCCCAAUAAGCUCAGCAAAGUCAACGAAGAGCAUCUCAUGUUUUUCAAGUUCAUCGGUCGCAUCAUCGGCAAAGCUCUCUACGAAGGUCGAGCAUUAGACUGCCAUUUCAGUAGAGCUGUCUACAAGCGAAUGCUUGGCAAGACGGUGUCAAUCAAGGAUAUGGAGACUUUGGACUUGGACUACUACAAGUCCCUGCUGUGGAUGCUGGAGAAUGAUAUCACGGAAAUCAUCACAGAAACAUUCUCCGUUGAGACUGAUGACUUCGGCGUUACCGAGGUCGUGGAUCUUACUGAGAACGGUCGCAACAUUCCGGUCACCGAGGAAAACAAGCAUGAGUACGUUCAGCUCGUGGUGGAGUACCGUCUUACGGGAUCUGUGCAAGCACAAUUAGAGAUGUUCUUGCAGGGCUUCCACGACAUUGUCCCGCCGGAGUUGAUCGCGAUCUUUAAUGAGCAAGAACUUGAGCUGCUCAUCUCUGGUCUGCCCGAUAUCGAUGUCGACGAUUGGAAGAACCAUACUGAAUACCACAACUACCAAGCUUCGUCGCCACAGAUUCAAUGGUUCUGGCGCGCAGUCCGUUCAUUUGACAAGGAGGAACGAGCCAAGCUUCUACAAUUCGUUACAGGCACCAGCAAAGUGCCUCUCAACGGCUUUGGCCAGCUUGAGGGUAUGAAUGGCUUUAGCAGAUUUAACAUCCACCGGGACUACGGCAAUAAGGACAGAUUGCCUAGCUCGCACACUUGCUUCAAUCAACUUGAUCUUCCAGAAUACGAGAGCUACGAAGCCCUCAGACAACAAGUCUACACGGCCAUGACGGCUGGAAGCGAGUAUUUCGGCUUCGCAUAA